UCAGAGUAUGUUCAGGCCAUGAAGAUCAUUCUGGAGUCUGAGCUCACCUCCCUCAGGAGCGAAGGCAUUCAGGAGGUGCUGAUUGAUGAAGAUAUACUGACGGUGACCGUAUCAGAGGCUCAGUGUUCUCCGGAGAGCCUGAGGAACGGUGUGGAGACGGAGAACUUUCUGCAGAAGGACAGCACACGGUCUGGCAUUAUCAUCAUUUAUUUUAGUAAUAAACCAUGUCUUUAUCUACUCGCCUGCCUUAUAUUAAAGAUCGAGGUGCUUCAGUUCCUGCUGCAGUCAGAGAGCCUCGGCGUGCUGCAGCCGGACAACUUCAGUUUCGACCCACAGAUUGUUCCAGAGAAUCGUGCACGAGCUCCGGCCUCGGCUGCGCUGCUGUUAGAGCGCGACCUUAGCCGCGGGAUCGAGCCGGUUCCCGUUUCUCUGUUCAACGAGCUGGACGGGACGCGGCCCAAAGAGUUCCGCUACCGUAAAGAGCGCUGGCCACACGGCUGCUUCCUCAGCGCCGCGCCGCUCUUCUCAGUGUGCUGCGACUGCACCGACGGCUGCGCAGACGCACGGAGCUGCGCAUGUGUUCAGCAGACGCUCGGAGGCGCGGGAGAGCAGCAAGCGUACAGACACCAGCGGCUGAGCGCGCCCCUGAGCACGGGGUUGUUCGAGUGCGGCCCGUGGUGCGGCUGUGCGAGGAGCCGCUGUCAGAACCGUGUGGUGCAGAAGGGUCUGCGCGUGCGGCUGCAGGUGUUUCGUACACCGGACCGCGGCUGGGCCGUUCGCUGCAGAGAUGACCUCGACGAGGGAACCUUCGUCUGCAUUUACGCAGGCGUGGUUCUCCGGCAGCAGCAGAGCGUGGAGGAGCCGGCGGAGCGAGAGCCGCUGGUGUCUGAUGAUGAGGUGGAGGUGGUGGAGGAGUGGACGCUGCCCGCCGGACCGAUGGAGACGGUCACUGAGCCGCUGGACUGCUCUCCGCCGCUGUACGUGCCUGUGAUCCAGAGUCCACUCGCUCAGCUCAAGGAUCAGCAGCAGCUCACCGUCUCGUCGCUGGACUGCAGUCAGAACGGGAGCGAGGCGUGUGAGGAGAUCGUGAGUAAGAAGCCCAGACUGAGCGAAUCAAACGGUCGAUCACAGCCGCAGCACAAACACACACCAGAGCAGAUGUAUUACCUGGACGCCUCGAAAGAGGGAAACGUGGCCCGAUUCUUCAACCACAGCUGUGAGCCGAACCUCUUCCUCCAGAACGUCUUCACUGACACACACGACCCACAGUUCCCGCUCGUCGCCUUCUUCACCAGCAGGUCUGUUAAAGCGGGAACUGAACUGAGCUGGAGCAUGUGACGCUCGUCUGAUUGAGACUGCGCUGAAGCUCCAGAGACGUUCCACUGUUAAACGUUUGGGAACUUUUAUUCACAAUUUUGCCUGAUAAAUAAAAUAUUUCAAGCUCUUUA